GUCAGCCGGCUUCGAGUCCGGAAGUUGUCACAACUUUGGGGGAUUUAAACUUUAUUUAUUUUGCUGAUUACAACACAGUCUACAGGUGAUCUGCCGCUGAACCGCCACCACAAUGCCGGGUAAAAGGAAACAGUCUGCCCCGAGGAAGGCAGAUGAACAGAAGCGUCAGUGCUUGACGUGGAACAUGCAGGACAUGUUUGUCAACAACUCAGACACAACUGACACUGGUGAGAUAGUCGCUGGUCCAAGCAGUAGUCAUGAACCAUUACAGGUCAGCAUAGAGCACAGACACACCAGCAACCAAUCAGAUGGCCUCCCAGAGUCUAUGAGCCAAUCAAAUGGCCUUAAUGCUGACCAAUCACCAUCACAGAACAUAGAACACAGACACACCAGCAACCAAUCAGAAGGUCUCCUUGAGCCUGUGAGCAACAUUAUUGACCAAUCAAAUGGCCUACAUGCUGACCAAUCACCAUCACAGGUUUUCAUGGAACAUGGACAAACCAGUAGCCAAUUAGACGGCUUCCCUGAGUCUGUGAGCAACAUUGACCAAUCAAAUGGCCUAUAUACUGACCAAUCGGUGGGAAGUGAAGUUGUCCAUGAAGCAAAGUCUGUCCACUUUGAUGAGUUCUCUAUGGGUGAAAUUGACAUCGCAUCCAGUCCUUCUAAUGUUGAUUCCUUUGAGGAGAGAAUAGGUGACGCAAACGGCAGUGUUUUCACUGACCCCACCAUAGGCUAUGACUUUUUCCUGACUUUUUAUGACUCUGUAGAUGAUACAAAAUGGCACUGCAGCUUGGGGACUAUUGUACUCAACCUGUUCUCCAUCGAUGGUUCAGGAAAGCUGCCCAAAGUCCUACCUCCACAGGCAUCUCCUGUUCUGUAUGCCUUUGAACACACAGAAAAACACGUCCUCCAUUUUGAAUCCCUGCCCGACCUUGAAGAGGAAAUGGAAGGUCACGGGAAUGACGAUUCAGAGGAACAGGACCAAGACAUAUAUGUCUAUGCCACCACUACUGUUGGAGUCAAUAUACUGUCUGGUUUAGCCCAUAUGUACAAGAAGAAAGCAGCACGACUUACACUAGGGAGAUACGACCAUCUACAAGGAACCUUGGAGCUCCAGCUGUACCUACUUGAAGAGGCGUUGUGCGUGCCACAGUUUGCCAGCGAGGGUCUGACAGGUAAAAGUGUGGCCAGGAAACUCAACAGAACCCUGCAGGAGCUGAUGGAAUGGUUCCUCGGAAUACCAAUUCCAGAAAGCUACAGUGUGAUGCACAAGAAGAGACAGGAUGUGGAGGGGCUAUAUCGCCAUGUCAGAGAGGCACACCAGGGUGAAGCCAGGUCAUUGACCCUUGACCCCCAGCAUGCCCUGCUGGUGCCCUCCCUGAGACCGUACCAGAAGGAGGCAGUUCUGUGGAUGUUGGAGAUGGAACAGUUCGGAGCAGACCUGCAGCAGAAAAGCAGGGGACAAGCUGCUGAGCUUCACUUACUGUGGAGGGAGGUUGAAAUGCCAGAUGGCCAGACUUUAUUCUUCAACAGCUACACAGGGAGCUUGUGUAAGGAGAGACAGUCCGGUCUGGUGCCCAUUCCUGGUGGGAUUCUGGCAGAUGAGAUGGGGCUGGGUAAGACUGUGGAGGCGCUGGCACUGAUGCUGCUCCAUCCACGGCCGGGGUUCAACAGGACAACCACUGCUGCACAGGACAGCAACAGGAUAGCAAUAGGCGUGCUACAGGAUGAGAAUAAGACAACAGAUGAUAUAUUACAGGACAAAAACAGGACAGCAAUAGGGACGUUUCAGAAUGAGAACAAGACAACAGAUGAUACAUUACAGGACAAGGACAGGACAAUAGCUUCUUGUACUUUUCAGGAUGAAAACAAGACAGUAGCUGACAUAUCUGGUACAUCGCAGGACAAGAACAGGACAGUACCUUCUUGUACUUUUCAAGGUGAAAACAACAGAGCAACUGGCAUAGCUAAUACAUUACAGGAUGAGAACAAGACAACAGACGCUACCGGUACAUCUGGUAUGUUAAAGGACAAGAACAGGAUGGCAGCUUCUUUUACAUUUCAGGAUGAGUACAGGAUAACAGCUGGCACAUUACAAGAACACAACAGGACAGCAUGUGAUGCAGUUUGCACAUUACAGGACAAGGAUAAUGCAUCAACAGACAUUAAGAAGCCCAAAGUGGAAUGUGAUGCACAAGACAGUGUUACAGUGACAUGUAGCAAGGACACAGACUGUGGCAAAACCCAUGUGGAAAGUAGCGAAGUAGAUCUAACACCUGGUAAGUCUCACGCACAUCCAGAGGCCAAUAGGAGUCCUAUAGAAGAGAAGAAAGAUGUUUUAACAUGUACAAAGGUGGAAGAAGAAGGGGGAAGUGCAAUGGAUGUUUCUAAUCAAAUGUCAGAAGAAACAGCUGCUAACAGUUCCAAUAACGCACCCAACUUUCAGCCAGACAGUCCUGAAGCUGAAGCACAACAACCAAACACCUCAAGCAAUGAAGCCCAACAGCAAAAACGACAAAAGAAGCCAUCUAAUAAGAAGACAGCUGCCUCCAAGGAAAAAAGCAAGAAGUCUAAGAAAGGAGCAGCUGUUGUUGAGCCAAUGUGUAUCCCAGCACCGGAGAGUUGCAAUGUUCAAAGCACACAAAGGUUUGAGUGCAUCUGUGGCGUGACAGACUCACACAUGGACAGCAGGACUCGACUCCAGUGCUGGCGCUGCGGCAACUGGCAACACGCAGAGUGUGUGAACUACGACCUGACCUCCGACCCCACCAACAUGGCCGACCCCUAUCACUGUCCGCACUGCUCUGUCAGUCUGCCUGCUGUUGCAUCAGGGGCUACCCUCAUCAUCUCCCCGGCUCCCAUCAGCCACCAGUGGGUGGACGAGAUCAACAGACAUGUCAGGAAGGCCGCCAUCAAAAUGCUGGUGUACAGCGGUGUGAAGAAACAAGGGUUCCUCCAGCCGAAGGUUCUGGCCGACCAUGACAUCGUCAUCACCACAUACGACGUGCUACGGCUGGAGCUCAACUAUGUCGACAUCCCACACAGCAACAGCUCUGAGGGCCGCCGGUUCCGCCACCAGAAGCGUUACAUGGCUGUGCCGAGUCCACUGCCGUCUGUAGAGUGGUGGAGGGUGUGUCUGGACGAGGCUCAGAUGGUCGAAUGUACCACCGCUAAGGCUGCAGAGAUGGCUCUCCGCCUGAGUGCUGUGAACAGGUGGUGUGUGACUGGCACACCCAUACAGAGGAACCUGGAAGACCUGUAUGGUUUGCUCCUGUUCCUGGGCGUUGACCCCUACUGGGUGAAGCACUGGUGGGAACGGCUUCUGUACCAGCCUUAUUGCCAUGGCAACCCACAACCCAUGUACGAGGUCAUCUCCAAGGUCAUGUGGAGGACAGCUAAGAAGGAUGUUCUUGAUCAGAUCAACCUGCCAGGUCAGACGGAGGAGGUCCACUGGCUGAAGUUCUCUCCUGUAGAGGAGCAUUUCUACCGCAGGAAACACGAGGACUGCUCCAGACACGCCUUCAAGGUCCUGAGUCAGUGGCACGAUCUGGACACCAAGCUGUGUCAGCUGGACAGGAGGACCAUGCAGACUAUGCUGUGGCCCCUGCUGAAGUUACGUCAGGCCUGCUGUCAUCCCCAGGCAGUCAGAGGGGAGUUCCUACCUCUGCACAAGAGCACCAUGACAAUGGAUGAACUGCUGAAGUCUCUGACCCAGAAGUGUAAGAUAGAGUGUGAGGAGGCACACAGACAACUCAUCUGUGCACUCAACGGUCUGGCUGGGAUUCACAUCAUCAAGGAGGAGUACCCAGAAGCAGUGGAGAAGUACCGUGAGGUUCUGAGGUCAGUGCAGGAACACGAGGGCAGACUGAAGACUGACAAACUUCAGCGACUCCACACACUACAUAACCUGGCCAGAGUUCUGCAGAGGAAGCUACCCGGGGUGGCUCCUACACUCAGGGACGACCAGCUACUGAAGGAGGCUGAUGAACUGAAGACAUAUUACAUGCAGAAGUCCCUGGAUAAGAUCCACGCCUCCCAGCAGACUCUACUGCCCAUACAGCAGAAGGUUACACAGCUGCGUCGUAAGCUGCAGCCAGGCACGCCGUGGUGGAUGGAUGCCCUGCAGUGGGCCAUCUACUGGGGAAAGGAUGAGGACCUGGCCGAGAGGAUACGCAAUGAACUAUCCGGGGACAGGGACCCCGACGCUACCAGCAUUGUCAACAAGUUCCGUGACCUGAGGGGACUGCAGUUCCUCCUAACGUCCCAGCUGGAGAACCUUCAGCAGUCCCAUGCUGCGGUCUGCACAGCUGUCAAUCAUCUGAGUCAGGACCCCACCCAGCAGAUCAUCCAAUCAGCAGUGGAGUGCCACCUCAGGCCGGAGAAGGGGGAGGAGCUACACACUUGUGACUUCUGCAAGGCUGACGACCUGUUCUUGGAAUAUGAAUCAAGACUCUUCUCCUUCACAGCAAAACGUCUUGAAGACAUGGUAGCGGAGGAGGAGGAGAAUCCGGAGCGUCAGGUGACCCGGCGAGGCGUCUGGGCGCAGAGCGAGACGGAGAAGUGUCUUAAGAUCGUCCUGAGCUUCUGCAAGUCCAGCCGUCUGGAGGAACAGUGGGUGGAGGAGGGAGGCAUGCAGGUGGAGCUGUUCGAACAGCUUAGGAGGGAGUACAAGCAACUCCACGUGGUGUGGAUGGCCCUGCGGGACCGAGUGGCGUCCAUCGAUGAGCUGGACAUGGCCACGACUCGCCUGAGGCUCCGGCUCCCGGAGGAGGAGAGAACCGACCCUCUGCAGCCCAACAUCAUCGAGCCUGGCGAGAUUGACCACCAGUGGAUAAAGAACCUGAAUGACAAGGCCGUGGCCACCAGUCUGCUGCACAGGAAGCUGGGCCAGCUGCUGUACCUGAGGAACCUGGCCAAGUCCCAGGAGUACCAGAAGGACGGAGUCAACCCUGAACCCUGCCCUAUCUGUCAGAGGCAGCUGGGUGCUGAGUGGAGUGUCCUGAUGUGUGGCCACUGUUUCUGUGAGGAGUGUAUCUCUGUGCUGGUGAACCAGUUUGGAUUGGGCGGCCGCCGGGGGUCCAUCCGCUGUGCCAUCUGCCGCCAGCUGACCGCGACGCGGGACAUCUCGUAUGUCAGCACGGAAGCCAAGGAACAGGAGGAUGUGGAUGUGAAGGGAAGUCACUCCACUAAGGUUGAGGCAGUGGUCCGAACCCUGAAACUCAUCCAGCAAAACGACCCCACAGCCAAGUCGCUGGUCUUCUCUACUUGGCAGGAUGUGUUGGACGUUGUGGCCACAGCACUGAGAGAGAACAACAUGGAGUACAGGGCCAUCAACGGCAUUCACAGGUUCCAGGAGAACCUGACAGACUUUAAGUACGACGGCAGGAUUGGGGUGUUGCUCCUCCCUCUACACACCGGCUCACACGGACUGAACAUCAUCGAAGCCACCCAUGUGCUGCUGGUGGAGCCCAUCAUCAACCCAGCUCAGGAGGCACAGGCCAUCGGCAGGGUGCAUCGCAUUGGCCAGACCAAGGCGACAAUUGUCCAUCGUUUCCUGGUGCAAAACACCAUCGAAGAGAGAAUCCACGCCAUGAAGAAACACAUCAGUGCCAGUGACAGUAUCGACACACAGUCUGAAGGAACAGUCCUGACAGUUGGUGACCUGCGCGACCUCUUCAGCGAUGCCUUUCACCACCGAGAAGACGACUCCCCUCCCCCGCCCCAGCAGGAGUACGAUCAGGCCAACGGCGCUCUGGAGGAGUUCGAUGAUGGUGAUGGUCACCAUGGUGAUGGUCACCAUGGUGAUCAUCACCAUGGUGAUGGAGGAGCCACACCCUGACAACUGGCACAACAACUUCUCACAAGCCUCCCCAUCCCAGCAGGAAUACGAUCAAACCAAUGGCAGCCUGGAGGAAUUUGUUGAUGGUGGUCAUCACCAUGGUGAUUGUCACCAUGGCAACAAAGAGGGCACACCCUGACAAGUAUUACACCUUCUCACAACACCCACCCCCCGUUGAAGAUGAACUUUUAAACACGUUUUAAACACAUCGUUGGAGAAUGCUCGUUCAUGUGAUCUUUUUUAUCUAUUAUGUGAAUUUUCAUGGAUAUCGCAGCAGUCAAUAGUGUCUGCUAUAUUGGGGUCCAUUUGUGAGAGUGUGCAUGGAGGGAUCCUGGUGGUAAUGCGUAACGGUACAUUAUCAAGAAAAAAGGCAUGCAGGCUGUCAUUAGGGGUACACUGUCUCUCUGUUUUAUCAGUGGGGUUUUAAUUAAACUUGGUAGUAAAUAGUGGUACAUGUAGUAGAGAGUGUUGACAUAUGUUGAAGAAAAGAUAUAGUGUAUACUGAAGUUAUUUAUGACAAAAACUAAAGCACCACUUUACAGCAAUGUAAAUUUGCUCUUACUCUUCUCAAGAGUUUUCAUCUUUGUCAGCAUAAAACAAGUACUUUGUUAUGUCAUCUGAACUAAGAUGCU